AUGAAGCAUGAAAUUUGUUGUUCAACUUCUGAAGAUACCUUACAAGAAGGGCAUAUAAGUGAAAUACCUAUUGAUCUAUUAGACUCUCUUCAUCAUAUUCCUCUUUCACCACAUGAAACAAGUGAUGGUUAUGAUCAUUUUAAGUAUGUUCGUUGUGAGGGACCAUGUAAAAAAAUUUAUAAAGAAAAUAAAUUAUGUUAUUUUGGUGAAUGUGGUCAUGCUUUAUGUGAAGGUUGUACGGUAAAUGCUAAGAAAUUAUAUAAAAAUUUAAAAACAUGUGAAAAUGAAUACUUUUGUCCUUUGUCUUGGUGUUUGAUAAGACAGAAAAUUAAGAUGAUUGCUUGUUAUGAAAAGCGCUCAAAAUAUAAUUAUCGUCUUAGUCAAAUAAUAAAAGAUCACCUUCCUCUUGAAAUUUAUUAUUUAAAUAUGAAAAUAGAUAAGAUUUUAAAAAAAGGAAAUCAUUGUAGAUGUUGA